AUGACACAAAUUUUGUCUCAAGGAGUUCUAGUAUGUCUCAGCAAUCGGGUGAUGCAUCUCCCGUGUCUGACUCAGAAACACCGGAAGAGUCCUCUAACCCGGAUUCUGAAGGCAGUACCUUUAAGGACGAUUAGCUGUGACGAAGUAAAGGCCACAAAGCCUAAAACACCACAUGCAAAACGGCCCAAGGAGGGUAUUCGUAACAAGGGCGCCAAACCCUCUUCAUCCAAUACCUUAGAGGAACUUACUAAAGAAGGAACCAGAUAUGUCGAUAAAGCAAUUACCAGGACUGUUACAUGCAUUAUAAAGGAAAAUCAUCAAAUGCCUGGGAUAUUUGUUCCUCUUCAAACCAUAAUGCCUGAUCCCAUCAAGAACACCAGUAAAUCUGAAGCUGCUCACACUUCUGGUUGUGAUCCAGCUGCAGAGGAAAUCAACAAGGAUGGACAAGGAAUUGCUGAGAAUACCAAUGUCAUUGAGGGUGUCAAUGACAUCGAAGAUAGUGAGCACACUAAGGUCAAUACUAAAACAGGUACCAAUGUGGUAGACUUAGAUGAGUAUUCUAACGACGAGUUACUUGUCUCCCUAAAUCCAAGUGUAGCCAACAGGCUAAUGACUAGAAGAAAAGGAAAAGCUGUUUCCCAAAGUUCUUCUAAAAAGAGUGCACAAGUGAAAAGCCCUGUCAAAGAUGUUGUCAAGAAGAAAAGUACUUCUGCUGGUCCUAUCAAGAGCAGAGUUGUGGCUAAGAGUACAGGGGUUGGUCCUUCAAAAUCCUGGAGUAAGGUUGUUCCAAAGAAAAGAAAGGAGCGGGAAAUUGUUGAAUCUGAGUCUGAUGUAGAAGUGAAUGUUCAUGAUAUUCCAUCAAGGAAGAAGCCUACAACCAGCAAGCUUGCUACAAGUACUCCCGAAGUUCCUAUUGACAAUGUGUCAUUCCACUAUGCCUCUAGUUCCAGCAGGUGGAAAUAUGUGCUCCAAAAGAGACUAGAUCUUGAAAGGGAAUUGGCUCCGAAUUCUCUUGAGAACAAGGAGAUCUUAGAGCUAAUUCAGGAAGCUGGACUAUUGAAGACUAUUUGCAAUCUUCCCAAGUGUUAUGAGAAGCUGGUCAAAGAAUUUGUGGUGAACCUAUCUGAAGAUUGUGGAAAUAGCAGGAGUGUGGACUUCAGAAAGGUGUUUGUGAGAGGUAAGUGUGUAUCAUUCUCUCCUUCUGUGAUUAAUAAAUUCUUGGAAAGAACAGAUGAAGCUCAACCUAAGCUUGAAGUGACAGAUAACAAGGUUUGUCAAGUGAUCACAGCCAAGCAGGUAAACAGCUGGCCCCUAAAAGAGAAACUAACUGCAAGUAAGCUGAGCAUCAAGUAUGCAAUGCUUCACAAGAUAGGAGCAGCUAAUUGGGUACCAACGAAUCACAAGUCCACUAUUUCAACUAUUCUUGGCAGAUUUCUGUAUGUUGUAGGAACAAAGGCAAAGUUUGACUAUGGAACAUAUAUUUUCGACCAAACUAUGAAGCAUGUUGGAAGCUUCAGUGUUAAGGGACCAAUUGCCUUUCCAUCUCUCUUAUGUGGCAUAAUUCUGACUCAGUAUCCCAACAUUCUUAAUGAGCAUGAUGUAGUAUGCAAAAGAGAAAGCCCUUUGGCUUUCCACUAUAAACUGUUUCAGGGUACGCAUGUUCCAGACAUUGUCAUGACAUCGACCGAAACAUCUAAGUCUAGAGCAUCGGCCAGCAAAGAAGAAUUCAUAGCAAUGUUAAAAGAGACCUGCAAAGAGCUGGAAGCUAAGAAGAUAUCUCUUAAAAGAUGA